AUGUCUGAGAUUAAGGAAGAACUUACUUACGAUGACUGCAUGGUCUUCCACGAGCAAGAUUGGGCUCCUAUUUUCUGCAAACCAAAGCUUUUACCAAUGAAAACUUACACUAUGGAGAAAUUGCAAAAUAUGCAGAAACAAGCUCAACUCCAGAUGAGAGCAUUGGAGGAGGAAGAAGAAAAUCUUCGAAAUGAACCUGAACAUAAUGAAACCGUCCCCAAUAGUGCUCGAAGUGUAAGUCCAGAAGAAAAUCAGUCUGCAAAACAGCCAGUGCACACCGAAGUUUGGUCGGCAGAUGAUUAA